AUGAGUGUAGAUUAAUAUUAACAAUCUUUGAAUCAGACUUAUCUUAUUUAUAUUGUUUAACUUUACUAUUAAGACUCUAAAAAUAAUAUUUACAAUACAAUCUAUCUCAAUACAUUUUAAUGCACAACACCAGAGUUAUAAGGUUUUAUAUGUAUUGAUUUUUCUAAUGUAGGUAACUAUACUUUUUUGCUUGAUAAUACAAAUAAUAAUCAAGUUUAUUCUUCUAUUUACAUUCAUUUGUAUGGUUGCAGAGAUUAAGACUUAGUAAAAACAGUUGUACCUGAUGAUUGUCCAGACCAAAUAGAUAUUGAUAAUAUUAUAGAUGGAGUUUAAGCAUAUUUUUAACUGAAACUCAAAACAUAGUAAUACAAUACAAAUUCAAAAGAGAUGCAAACUAAUUACAGAAACUUAUAUAAUUAUGUAUCCUCUGCUUAAUUUGUACUUAAUUCUCUCAGCACGUAAAAAUAAGAAACUAAUGUAGACUCAGGUCUCCUUUUUUAGUAGAGAUAAACUUACUCUUCUCCUAUUUAAUAUACUCAAACAACUUAAAAUUUUGAUAGAAUUUCUGCAUAAUAAUCAGGAUUAGGCCCCUAUAGUAAAUAAAUAUUACUAAUGGAUGAGAUUGUUUAAUAAUUUCAAAUUUAAUAUCCAACAAUUACUGAAAUUUUGGCAAUUAUAAAUGCUGUUGCUGGAAUAAUAGUUGUAUUUAGAAUUGUUGGCAAAUUUUACAGUUAAUAAUUAAUAAAAUAAGACUUCUUUAUGCUCUUACUUCAAAAUCUUUACUAAGAUAAGUAUAGAAAAAUCAUAAACCAUAAUAAUCUUAUCAAAAACUAAGAAAAUAUUUCUUGCUUGAUUUAAACUGAAAAAACUGAAAAAGAAGAAGUGGUAGGUGAAAUCUAAGAAAAUUGUUUAAAAAGAGACAUUAUUGUGCCCGACUUUCCAACAAAACUUAGAGAUUAUGUUGAAAAAAAUCAAAAUCGAACUUUAAAUAAUAAUAAUUGUUAAGUUGUUUUAAAUUUUAAUGACGACUAAAUAAAUGAAGAAAAUGAAAAAACGGAAAACUAGAAAUUAAAUAUUGACUUAAUAAAUAAUUUAUAAAAUAGUGAAGAAAAUUUUAAAAUUUAGAACAGUGCUAAUAAUAACGAUCAGGUUUACUCCGUAACAAGCUCUCCAAAGGCAGAUUCAAUAAACAGUAAAUUAAUUUUCUCUCGAAUUGAAAAAAGUUAGUAAAAUGAAUAAAAUGAGCAAGAUGUAAUUAAAAAUACUUAAAUUAGUGAAAAUUGCUGUAAUAAUACAGAAUAGUCUUAACUAUCGAGUCCUCUAAAUAAAACAAAAUUAAAAGUUUUGUUAAACAAUUAAUAAAUCAGCUCUCAAAAGUAAUUUCUAUCAAACCAAAAAACAUAGAGUUAGUAGAAAGGUGCAAGUGUUUUCUAAAGUAGAUCCUUAUUUAAUACUAAACAAUCUAAUAAUAUUAGUAAUAGCGAGUCUAUCUAAUAAAAUUUUACUCAAACAUAAAAAAAGGAAAACUUGAAGGAAUAUGCCCAUUAAUAUUUAAAAAAUAUUAAAAAUUAUAGUUUUAAAUAAACUAUCAAAAGUACCAUUUUUAAAUUCAAGUAAUUUAAGUCUAGAGCAUUUUUUUAGUAGAAGGGGAUAGAAUAUGAUUUUAUAAAGUAAAUUGAGGAAGAGGUCAAUAGGAAUUUAAACAUUUAUGAUGUAUACAAAGACAUCAUUUUAUUGAAAAAGGCUAUUAUGAUGAUAUUAAGCGAGGAGCAAUUAGCAGCUAUAUAGCUUGUAACUCUCACUGAAAAAUUUUAAAGUUUUGAUAAAACAUCUAACAUAAAUGUUGAAUAAAUAAACAAUUUAGGGUUUAAUUACUUUGAGAAGCAGAAUUGCAUAUUAAAUUCCUAGCUAUUGCAAGAAGGGUAUCUAAAAAAAUUUUACAUAAAAUAGUAAUAAGAAAUAUAUGAACAAGAUGCUAUAGAUUAAAGAAUAUUUUCUUCAUUAUUAAAAUAUUGA